AUGAUCCCGACCGUUCGAACGCCCGAUUUGGCCCAGGCGGACUUCGAGGCGCUACUGCUGACGUGGACGCCAGGUUCGGAGGGUGGAGACAUGAAAGGGUUGGCUCGGAAGCAGGUUCGGAUGGAGGCUCGGGUGGUGAUGGACGGGGGGGAGAAGGAUGGAGGGCAUGGUCGUAGGGAGGAGAGUGAGGAAGUGAGGGAGAGGGGGAGAGAGAGGGGGUGGGAGCGAGAGAGGAAGAGGGAAAGCCAAAGGGAGCGGCAGAGAGUAAGCGAGGAGGAAGACGACGAAGAGAGGGAGAGGGAUUGGCAGCGAGAGAGGGGUGGAGAGAGGUUAAGAGAGGUGGAAGGGCGGCAGCAGCAGCAGAGGGAAGGGGGAGAGGGAAGUCAGAGGGACGGGGGAGGGAUGAGCAGGGGAGGUGUGAGCGAUAGCGUGGGGAACGGGAAGGGUUUGAGUAUGGACGAUGGGGAGGGGAGGAAUGGGAGCCUGAGAAGCGGUAAUGCCAAGGAGAGGAUGCAGGAGCAACGGCAGCAGGAGGAGCAGCAGGAGGGUGGGGGGAAGAGGGCGAGGAAAGGGAAGGACUCUUCGCCUGAGCCAGACGAAGAUUCAGGCAAUCAAGAGGGCAACAGCAGCGACGGGCAGCCACGCACUCUUAAGCGCCCCCGCCUCGUCUGGACCCCACAGCUGCACAAGCGGUUUGUGGACGCGGUGUCGCAUCUGGGCAUCAAGAACGCCGUUCCUAAAACCAUCAUGCAGCUUAUGAACGUGGAGGGAUUGACAAGGGAGAAUGUGGCUUCACAUUUGCAGAAGUACCGGCUCUACCUUAAGCGGAUGCAGGGCCAUUCUGGGGACGACCCAUCAGGAGGGGACCCGCUCUUCUCCUCCACGCCUCUCCCCACCAGCCUCAACAGCCCGCCCCAGCCCUUCUUCCCCCCAUCCGCGCCUCCUCCCCCCACCGCUCCUCCCCCUCUCAACCCCCUCGCGGCCGCUGCUGCCGCCGCCGCAGCAGCAGGGGGAAACCCUAUGGGGAACCUCAGGGGAGCUCUAUCCGCGUUAGGAGCAGCAGGCCUGUCCUCCCUCCCUCCUUCACUCCACCCAGACGACCCUCUCCUCUCCUCCCCUCACUUCUCCGCGGCUGCUGCUGCUGCCGCCGCCGCCGCCGCUGCUGCAGCAGCCGGAGGAGGGUCAAACCCCCUGCUCUCUUCCCAGCUAGUUGCGUCUCUUUCGAAUUCCCAGCAGCAGCAGCAACAGCAGCAGCAGCAGCAGGCGGCAGCGGCGCAAUACCUUGCCGCUGCUCAUAACCCUGUAGGGAAUCCUCUUGGUGCUGCUGCUGCGGCUGCGGCUGCUGCAGCAGACCCGAUUUUGGGACGGGCGCUGAGUGCGUAUGCGGCCGCUGCUGCGUUUUACGACCUUCAGAACAGUCACGGGCAGAAUAAUCUUGGGCAGAAUAGUCACGUUGGGGCAGGGUUGGGGGGAGGCGCUGGUGGGGGGAUGCAUGGGGGGGGAGGGCUUGGGGGAAUGCACGCUGGGGGACUGGGGGGCGGACAUGGGGGGGGAUUAAGUGGAGGACAUGUGGGGGGGAUGGGAGGAGGGUCGAACCAGCCACCAGGAGCAGCAGCAGCAGCUGCGGCGGCGGCAGCAGCAGCGGCUGCGGCAGCAGCACAGCAGCAAAGGUCACCUUCCCUCCCUUUUGCCCCGUCCCAAUUCAAUUCCUUGCUGUCUGCAGCUUCAGGGGGAAUGGGUGGUGGCUUGGGGGGAGCAAUGGGAGGGGAUAUGGGAGGUGCGGCAGCAGCAAUGGCGGCAGCUGCGGCGGCCGCUGCUGCUGCGGCGGCGGCAGGUUCGGCAGGAGGAGGAGGGGGAGGAGGGGUGGCAGCAGGAAGGGGACCGUCACCGGCUCGACAGGUGCUGAGCCUCUUUCCAGAGCAGCAGUGA